GCUGCACGGAUAGUGCGUUACAUGCGGCUGGACGUAUCUGCAGUCAUUUUCUGGGCAGUUUUAUUUGCAGGAUUCACCGAGAAGUCGUGGGAUUUUUGCGUUGACAGCUUGCCCGCUCUGCGCCUUCAGCGGAGAAGAGAGACAAGUAUCCGACUCCUCUUUAAGUUGCCGUUCAAUGUCGAGCAGCACAUGGCUGAGGCUGCCUUGUGGCUGAUGUUGACAAUGCUUUCAACAGUCCGCUCCGGAGGUGCGUGGGGAUGAAAUGGAUGGAGCCCAUGGCCAGACCAACGCACCAUCUCCCACGUUCCAACAUGUCCAACUGCAGCAAGUCUCCCACCAACUCUGGAGAAGCUGCAAGCAAUAACUCCAUGGCAUGGGUGAAGAUGUUCAAAAAACCUGGAGGAGGCCUGAAGAAAUCCUACCAGCCUGGGAGCAUGCUGUCCCUCGCUCUCACCAAAGGCCUGCUGAAUGAGCCCGGGCAGAACAGCUGCUUCCUAAACAGCGCUGUUCAGGUGCUUUGGCAGCUGGACAUUUUCAGGAGAAGUCUGAGGCAGCUCUCAGGUCACUUUUGUCUCGGUGAUGCCUGCAUUUUCUGUGCUUUAAAGAGUAUAUUCAGCCAGUUUCAGCAGAGCAGAGAGCGGGUGCUCCCCUCUGACAGCUUGCGUAAUGCCCUUGCUGCAACUUUUAAGGAUGAGCAACGCUUCCAGCUUGGCCUGAUGGAUGAUGCUGCUGAGUGCUUUGAGAACAUCUUGGAGCGAAUUCAUCUACACAUAGUUUCAGACACAGCGACUGAUUCUUGCUCAUCCAAAUCCUGCAUCACCCAUCAGAAGUUUGCAAUGAUGCUUUAUGAGCAGUUUGUGUGUCGCUGUUGUGGUGCAUCUUCAGACCCACACCCAUUCACAGAAUUAGUACAUUAUGUCUCCACUACUGCUUUAUGCCAACAGGUUGAUCGCAUGUUGGGGAAGGGCGAGCGGCUAAGGUCAGACAUGUUUGGAGAAUUGCUGCAGGCAGCAAACAACACAGGUGACCUCCGAAGCUGCCCGAGCAACUGUGGUCAGAGCAUCAAGAUCCGUCGUGUCCUCAUGAACUGUCCAGAGAUUGUGACUAUUGGAUUUGUAUGGGACGCAGAGCAGUCUGAUCUUACCGAUGACAUCAUUAGGUCACUUAGCCCACGUUUGAACCUGUGUGGGCUUUUCAACCGAGUCACUGAUGAAAAUGCUAAACGGAGUGAGCUACAUCUGGUGGGGAUGAUCUGUUUUGCGAGCAAGCAUUACUCAGCUUUUGCCUAUCACACCAAAUCUUCAAAAUGGAUGUUUUUUGAUGAUGCAACUGUGAAAGAGAUUGGGUCUAAAUGGAAAGAUGUUGCUUCUAAAUGCAUUAGAGGACAUUUCCAACCGCUCCUUUUAUUUUACACCAAUCCUGAGGGAAGUCCUGUAUCUAAUGAAGAUGCACCAAGGCAGACGACAAUGUGUCCCCGCUACAAAGCCCAAGUAAACGGUGACAUGAACGUGAAACAUCCCCUUGGCAGUCCUAACAAAUUUCAGGAACCUUUCAUGGAGAAUUUGCAGAGGCCAGGUGAAACAUCAAAAAAGGACAGAGGGCAUCGAAGAACUGAACCAUCACAACACAAAGAUAUGGCGCAUGCAAGAUCUUCAUCUCCACCAGAGAAUGGGCCGGGGCCUCCUGUGGAAAAAUUAAAAAGCUACCCACGUACUGAGAAGCCAUCUAACCAUUCUAACAGAGGAUCUCAGGAGCCACAUGGACAGUCCUUUGGUGCACAGAGUGGUGGGCAUAGCUGGAAAACUAAUAGUUCCCCAGGUCACAAUGAUCAGGAUGGCACCCACGAACAAUGGGAAAAAGGUGGGAAUGGUGGAAGUCGCAAUAAGUCUAAGUCUACUUGGAGACCUAUUCGGGAGGUAUUAAAUGUGGACACUGUAUUGAAUGAACUAGAGCAGCGACGUCAGCAGCAGCAUGACAGCCCUCGGUGCAGUAAGCCUCAAUCACAGGAAAGGGUGCACACAGAGCAAAGCCGAGAUCGUGAGCGGGAAUACGUUCGAACUAGAGAAGAUCGGAAACAGAAAUGUUUAAUGACAAUUUAUGAGGACGAGCAGCGGCUUGAGACUGAGAGCCACAGCUCCGUAGAGUCAGAGAGCAGGGCAAACUAUCAGAGGGGCAGCAAACUAAAGGGUGGCCCCAAGACUCUGCUGCGUAGUGAUACCUGGACCAUCCAAAGGACAGAGUCUGGCUAUGAGAGCAGUGAUAGACUCAGCAGUGGCUCCACCAAUCCUGAUUCUCCUGGGGUCGAUGGCUUUGCUGUUAAAGACCAGAGAUCAACACCGGAGGUGCUGCUGCAAAGCCAGCAGCACCAAAAAGGAGGCGAUGCAAAAUCCAGUAUAAUGUCCUCACCUCCACACAAUGGUAAACAUCAACCCAAACCUCAGGGAAAGAACCAUGAUCAAGUUUCACAUUCACAUCAAAAGAGCAGUCCGUGUUCAAGACGGAAAGCAAAGUAUACAUCGAGUACCUCCAGAAAAGCGGGCUCUUCAGAGAGGACCUCUUCUGGUUCAGACAGCAUGCAGAGUGAGCAGCAGGAAAUGACAAACUGUAGAGGGCACACUGGAGAAUGUACAAACCUGAGACACAUUACAAAAACCAGCAGCUCAGAAUGGAACAGCUCUGAUGAUCUCGCCCUCUCUGAGUCCGAGGACAGAGAAAGCACUUACCUCUCCAGUAACAGCGAGGCCGCAGCCUCUGAUUCUCAGUGUCCCCACAUUAGCCUGCCAUACCACCCUCCCAGCAAUGUGACUGCAGAACCUCAUCAACUGAACACCCAGCGUCAGCUCAGUACAACAGGGUUGCCUCAUCUUCGACCCAGCCAACGGACUCCUCACCAAGGAGAAACAAGUCACCCCGUAUUUCGUCCCAGGAUGCUCCAAGAACCUUUUCCAUCAAGUCCUCGUCUUCCAUCCACAUCCUACGUCAGUCCUCACAGAAAGCCUGACAUGUCGGGCCUCCGAACCUUCUCAGAUGCAAGCUCCAAGUCAGGCUCUGACCCAGAAAGGAGUACCCCAUCAUCGUGUGAAAGCGAGGAAAGAGCAACUGGAUGCCGAAUGGAACAGGCAGUGCCUGCGCAAGAGGUUUCUCUGACAACAUACUUUAAUGUGGAUAACUGUAUGACGGAAACAUACCGUCUCAAGUACCACAACCAGAGGCCUCUUGUCCUCUCUGCCACGGUGCCACGGACAGCAGUUGCAAGUGAGCGGAGAGAUAACAAUGACACACAUUCACAAGAUGUGCCAAAAGCCAGACCUGAAACAAGCCAUAAUAGCAAUAAACCCACUGCAAAAUGGAACCCAGUGACAGCCAAAGGACUGGAUGAACGUGGUUUUUUAUGAGUGUAACUUGGUAAGUUUUGUUUACAUGGAUGGGCAGUAUUAACAGGAUGCCAAAGAGUUUACAGAAUGGAAAUAUGUCAGGAAGCCACGACAUCUCCAAACCGAGUGGAACGUAUUUAUGCAAGCUUGUCACAUAAAUAAAACCUAUUUCUAAAUGCUGUUAUGUAUUGCUAGAUGGAUUAUCAACUAUCACAUAUAUCUUCCAUUGUUUCAUAGCAUUGCUGCAAGAAGAUUUAGUUUGAACCAAACCCUGUUUUCAGUUUGCACUAAGAGUUUUUUAGGUUAGAUCAUUAUUUUUAUCACGUUAUGUCAGUUAAAAUUUUUUUUUUUUUUAAUUUGUGCACUAGUGCUGCAGAAGUUAAACUAUACAAAUAUAUUUAAGGCACAAGAGAUUAUGGUGAACCACAGAUAAUGUGCUGUGGUCUGUACAGUAAUUAUACAAACCUAAAAGAAUGGAGUGCGAUGACAAAUGAGAGCAUGCUAACAUGAAAAGAUACGCUGAAGAUACGUUUAUCAGAUUAUGAUGUCAUUCUACACAAUAAAAUCAAAGGUUUGCCUCAUCAGGUUAAAGGCAGUUAAUCUGUUUAAACCUGUCAAAGGAGUAAGAUUGGAAAUGUUAUUCAAAUAUUUCUGGGCACCUUAAAAGUUUUAUGCACACUUUGGGGCUUUAAGUCACCAGAAAAUAGACACCACAACAGUUACUCUUAUUUAUUUACUGGUGCAUUACGAGUGUUAUCAGUUAUUUUACAACAUUAGUUUGUUAAUGAAUGACUGUGGGCUGCCCUGUACCAGUCAGUCCUUUGCUGUAAAAAAUAAAUAAAUAAAAUAAAAGUCUGUAUAAAAAGACAAUAAUUUGUUAAUUUACUAAAAAAAGAGAAAAGUAAAAGCCCAUUUUGUGUCAUUUUUUAAAAAUUUGCAACUUGGUUUAUCAAAAAAUUUUAUUUUGGAUGAUUGCUUUUACUUUUGGGCAGCAAGCGAAAUGUAGGUUUUGUUGGCCAUGUCACUCAUUCUACAGGGCAGCCCUCAGGCUAUCUAGUAACCACUGUACAUGCGACCUUGUGUUUUCUUGUCUUCAACUUUGCUGAUUCGUGUAACUUUUUGUUGUAAUUCACAGUGAUGUCAAAAACAAUUUUUUCCAGUCUUCCUCUUAAAGUAGACAGAUUUAAAUGCAGGUCUGUAUUUCCAGGUAUUUUAAUAAUAAUGCCAAUGUAAUUGAUAUAGCUGAUGUAACUGCUGACCGUACUACUUAACACACAAGUAUCCUUGUUCAUAAUAAGACUAACGUUCCGAAACCUGCAUGUGGCCUUUACAAAGUCAUACUAGCUGUUUGUACAGCGUAAGCAUGAGCAUGAUAAUCCUGGACUGACUCCAGCAAACGUAACAUUCUGAUUGAUUUUUAUGUAAUUGUAAUAAAACAGAGUCAUCAAAUAGCAAUUUGUAACCUUUUAAACACUUGAAUGUUGUUCUCUUGCUCACACAAGAAUACAGAAUAUCAUGUUAUGCAUCCAUUUUGAAUCUAAAUGUAUAAUACAAACAAUGUGCUGGAAAACAAACUGUCCAAGACAUACUAUGCAUUCACUGAGAAAUUUUAUUUUAAAGUUACUUUAAAUGGAGAUUUUGGUGUUUUAAAAACUUUUUUAUUUUGU